AUGGUGAACGGUAUUACCAAACAAAGUCUCUCAAUCGAUGCGCUCGAUAUUCUCCUGGGAAAAUAUCGGAUUAUAGGUGCCAGCAGUCAUACACCCCAUCAAAUGCGUGAGCUCAUCGAGUUUAGUCAGAGCAUGGUACCUUGGGAGGCUCAUAUGGCCACCUUUGACAACAUUGCGGGCAUUCAAAAGGCUAUUGAGCUUUUGGAGAAUGGUAAAACAGCUGGUCGAUUUGGUAUUAUCUUCUAA